CUUCAUCUUUGUCUCUGUGGUGUACAGUCUUCAGGUGAUGAUGGGGGUAUUGAAUCAUCUCUCUACUCUCCUCCUUCUCUCUCUCCUUCCUCCUGCUUUCUCUCGUGUGGUGAACAGGUUCGAUCCAGAGUGCACAGAGUUUUUCCUGUGGGGGACAACUCCAAAUCUCCCAGGUAUUUUGGUUGGUGGGACAGUCCGGGACCAGAACCGCUACAAGCCGAUCUGCCAGUUGUUUAAAUACAUGAAGAAAAAGGUUGUUUACAACACCUACAUGUUUGCAACUCUCUACGACACGACCAACAGGAUCCCUGUGUUCUCAGCCUACACCUUCACUGGGGUCGGAUCGAGUGGGAAAAGACCAGAUAAAUGGAUGAUUGAACCUCAGCUGGACGGAGGAGUUGACCCAGUUAUGAUUCUGGAGAAACAAGGAGUCAUUUAUACACACCAGGCUGUCAAUCAGGAUUAUGAUAUAGAUGGUAAAAACAAGAAGGUGAACAAAGGUCACAUGUUUUCAAAAUCUUUUGCUCACCAACCUGUUAAUCAGGACUCCACCUUUACCCUGACAAACUCUGUUCCUCAAGUAACGUCAUUUAAUGAAGGUAGCUGGGCAAAGAUGGAGCUUAAGGUUAAAAAAAAUAUCCUGAAGCAGUGCCUUGAUAAUAACGUUAUCAAGGCCUAUGUGGUGACUGGAGCAGUGCCCAGUAAGAGCAACACACUGAACAACCGAGUGAACAUCCCAGAUAUCAUGUGGACAGCCUACUGCUGUUACAACAGUGAGAAGAAAGAGUGGAUGGCUGAAGCACACUGGGGUGAGAACAAAGAGGAAACGAACAAAAAAGUAUUGGAUCCCCAUCCCUUGUCAGAUCUGUAUGACAUGUUGAAGCAGUACUACCCAGGUGGUGAUGUCCAGGUUUUCCCAAAGAAGUGUCUAGGAGGUUCUUCUCAGAAAGAGAGAGAGAAGAGCAGAGAGAGGGAGGUGGGGAUGUUAGUGGGAAAGGGUUAAUGGAAUGUGAUGAGGAUUGUUAAUGUCUCGUGUUGUACGUGUUACAGAACAGUCCCAGAGUUUGGUCCAGCGGUAACAGACAAGGAUAAAGUACAGUCCCCCAUGGGAGACCAGGGUUCAAUCCCUGAGUCAAACCUUUAUAUCCUACCUUCUACUUUCACUGCUGUGUCUGUAUAUCACAUGAAAGGGAAUGCAAUUCUGUAGAAAAUAAAGUUUAAUUGAUGUAUGAUAUAAAGACAUUACUGUUGUUAAUACAUGGGCCAAAAGUUUGUCAGGUUCUGACUGCAAUGUAACUGUUACCAUGGAGAUACUAUUAUAUGUUCUGAAUGUAAUUCUAUCACUGUUACCAUAGAGAUACUAUUAUAUGUUCUGAAUGUAAUUCUAUCACUGUUACCAUAGAGA